AUGUCUGAUUUCCCUCCAAAUUUAUCUAUCCGGCCCUUAACCAUCGAAGAUGUCGACCAAUGUAUUGCUUUAGAGGCCAAAGGCUUCAGUAAAAACGAAAGAGCCACACUUCAAAAGCUUAAGUACAGAUUGACGGUAUGCCCUGAAUUGUGCUCUGGGUUAUUUAUUCGAGACUACAAGUACAAGUACAACGCAAUUAAUCUACCCUCCGUGGCUGAAUCAUUAGAGAAGAAACAUGAAGUUGUGAAAAGACUGGGUGACGAUGAUGAUUUGGAAGAUUUGCCAAUGCUGUCCUCAGUUAUAAAGGAGACUUUGGUCGGCCAUAUAAUCGGGACCAAAAUGUCUUCUGCCAGAGUGACCAACGAAGCUAUGGAUUUACCCACUGACAAUGAUGAUACUACCGGACACAUCGAAGGAUCUAGAUAUAUUGGUAUACACUCAUUGGUAAUUGACCCAGAGUGGCAAGGAAAGAACUUGGGGACGUUGAUCAUGCACGAUUACAUCCAAAAGUUGAGUAACCAAGACUUAGGUGACAAAGUAUCUUUGUUGUGUAAAGACAAAUUAGUACCCUUCUACGAAAAGAUCGGAUUCAAUAACUUGGGACAAAGUGAAUGUAAGUUUGGAGGUGUACUGUGGAUUGACAUGUCUAUGGAUUUGAUUCCUGAAGAUGAUGAUUAG